AUUUUUAGAGCAGUUGGAUUAAUACAAUACCUGUAAAUAAGAAAGUGAUGACGAUGUUUUAAAGAAAUUGUGCUUUAUUCUUGGAGUUUAUCUAAAAUAUUAUUGAAUUGGGAAUAUAAACGAAACUAUGACGACUGGAAACAUAUUCUUGCCAUUCGAUAACGGGUAAUUUGCAGCAUAUUUUAGGUAAAUAUAUAUUUCCUUCAUGAACAAUGGCGAGUGAUUUUGUAAAUACUGAUUUAGAGACGCUUCUGAAACGUUUGGAUUUAAAGAAAUAUUACUUCAGUAAGUUGUCAAGGCGUGAAAUGUAUCAGAUUCAACCGUAUAUGAUAAACGAAGAUACCAAAUGUUCACCGGCUUGGCAGUUUAUAACUGAAAUUACAAGAUACAAUUAUCGUGCCCGUAAUAUACACGUCGAAGAAAUAAAUAAAGCCGAUACAUCACAAAUGAGUCUUCGGGAGAGACGAAAUUUGGAACAGAAACAAGUCAAUGUAGAUCUUCAUCCAAUGGAUAUUGUCGUCGCUGUUUUUCUAUGUUGUGAUCCGAUAGCAAAACAAGACCUCGCUAUGCAUUUAUGGGGCUGCAAACUCGCGGUACCAUUUAGUAUACAAGAGAUGCCUUUUGAGAAACCAUCAAUCUUUACAUGGCCACUCCAUUCAAUUUAUGGCCAUGUAUUUCAAGAGGACGGAUUUAUUGAAAAGGCGCUAGUAUAUGAAAAGAUGCCGUGCUUAUCUUUUAUUAGGUUUGGUGAUAAUAAUGACCUUUCUAAAUCUUACCUAAUAAACUGUGUAAUUGGAGGAACAGAAAAGGUACAUCCAAUGUUUUUCCACCGUGACUCUGAGGGAUCAAAACGCAUCAGAUCAAAUGUUGUAGAGGGUCUGAUAGAGAUAGGUUGGAUUUUGCCUAAUGGAUCCCAUGAUAAAUUCAAUGGACCACGUAUCGUUUUAAAUCUUCGUGGCGAUUCAGCACUUUUUCUUAGACAAAUAGAAAUCAUCGGUCAAAUAUCCACUGUAACCGUUUGUCUAUGUACUACUGCAGAUCUUACUAAAACGAAACCUGUUAUUCGCGAACUGCUCUUGCAGAACUCAAAAGUAGUAUUGUUAAUAUUAGAUCGGCGUCCCGACGAAGAUAAAGUGAUUGAAUAUUUAGACACUGUCUCCUCUGAAGACCAAAUGGAUGCUGUCAUGAAAGCAGAUAAAACUUUACCAGGAAUUGUGCAGUCAUUAAUUCACACAAUUAAAGUAAUGGAACAGAAAACUAGUAAAACAGUUAAAUUAUCUGAUCUUAAAACCUUUCCUGCGAAUUUUAAAGUUGAUAAAAGAGAUGUAUGGUACACAGAAGCAUCUGUGCGAUCAGAGGAAAUAGUGUCAUUGAUAGAGAAAACAGAUAAUAAAGGCAGGAAACGAGUUCUAUUGCCCCUACAAGAGAUAUACUGGAAGCAAAUGUCAAAACUUGAUCGUGAGCGUUAUGAAAUUAGCCGCUACGAAACAAAUAUUAAAAAAAGGAAGGAAAAAUGUCAAAAGAUAUGCCACAAAAUGGAGAACGUGCGAAAGGACCAAUUCUUUUAUAUAAAGAGUCAUGGCCUUUCAGCUCCAGUACAAAUUGUUUUAAGUCAACUAGCAUCUAGAAAUGAUUCCUAUCGCAAAAUCUUUCUGAGAACUCUUAAGUUACAUCUUGACAACCUUUCCCGUUUGCAACUUCAACCCUUUUACAGAAAAUAUAAAACAUUGGUUUCCAAAGCAAAUAAAGCCCAGGAACAUGAGCGAGCUAAUAUAUAUCAGGAACUUAUACAUCUUGAUAAUACAAAAAUGUCUCUGUCCUUUGGAUUUGAGCAUAUCAUGAGAGAAAUUGGCCAGCUGUAUGAAGCAUGUGAAAGUCAGCCUUCUCUGGCCAAAAAAUUACCUGACACAACAUCAUACAAACGACUCCCAGACUAUGCAGUUUUCAUUCUGUUAGAAGGAUAUCCUUUGGAGAUUUUGGAUGGCGAAGCUAAUGCGGUUCCUCAGAAAUGGGUCAAUAGCGUUAUAAAUCAACUCCAAGCUUCAACAAAAGAGCCAACUGCUUCUAGAAAUAUACACGUUAUUUCGGUCCUUGGUAUUCAAAGUUCAGGAAAGUCAACAUUUUUAAACACUAUGUUUGGACUUCAAUUUGCAGUCAGCGCAGGUCGCUGUACUAGGGGGGCUUAUUUGCAAGUCAUAGAGUUAAACGCAUCAUCAUAUGACCAACUCAAAGCAAAAUAUAUAUUAUUGAUCGAUACGGAAGGGCUGCGAGCAACAGACAUGACCUCUACGGACACAGUAAAACAUGACAAUGAAUUUUCAACUCUUGUCAUAGGUUUAUCUGAUACCACUAUUAUUAAUUUAAUGGGAGAAAAUGCAACUUAUUUGCGUGAAAACUUGCCAAUUGUCGUUCACGCUUUUCUGAGAAUGGAUCUCGUUGGUUUGCAUCCAAGAUGUACAAUUGUCCAUCAUAAUGUUGAUAAACGAAACAAGGAUAAAUUAUUAGAACAAGGACGCGUACUAGAGGAGGUACUGAAUGACCUCACAAGCAGAGCAUGCAAAAUGGAAAAUGUCCCAAAGAGAUCGUUCAGAGAUAUGAUAGAAUUUACAAUAGAUGAAAACACGGAUUAUAUUCCUGGACUUCUUGAUGGAGAACUUCCUAUGGCACCGGUGAGCACUGGUUACAGUGGCGAAGUAAAAUGUGUGAGAACCAAGCUUAUGAAAAUACUUAAAAAAAGUAAGCCAUAUCUUACUGGAUUUAAACCAUUUUCAAUUCGUCUUGAAAAACUGUGGAACGCGAUAAAAACAGACUGUUUCGUAUUUGAAUUUCGGACGACUCUCGAAACAGAAAUGAGGUUAAAACUUGACAAAGAAUACUUUAGAAUAUGGAAAGACUAUAUAUUGGACCACGAAGAACUGGUCGAUAGACAUAAGGAUAUUCUGAAAACAAAGAAAUCAGUUGCAAUUAAAACUUUUACAGAAAACAUGAAUUUAGAAAUUUUGAAAUUACAAAAGAAGUACAAAAAAAGACUUGAAAAUUUCCUUUCAGAUACAGAAGUUGUGUCCGAUCGCCUAGAAAGGUGGAAAAUUGACUUAACGAACAGUUUGGAAAAUCAAAUGCAAAAGGACAAAAGCCUACCUUCCGAUCUAGAGGAUUUUAAACCAGAAGUAUCUCAUCAGCAAAUUGAAAGGUUUUUAAAUAUGAUUGAGGUAGAAUCCAAAACAGAUUCAGAAGAAAAAAGGGCAUUUGAAAGAGCAUGGAUAAAAUGGACUAAAGAAAUUAUUGCGCCGCAACUGCAUAUUAUUGUAGAAGAUACAUUGCAGGCUCUUGAUACUAUUUGCCGCGGGCAUUUAUAUAUGCUGAAAGACAAGGAGGUUAGACAGUCAUCCUUGCAAUUAUUUGAUUAUACAGGUAAAUCAUACACAAAUGCAGAUGCCGUUCAUUUCGGUGGCUCAAGAAUAUUUUCUAGACCAAAUGUCAAAAACAUGUUAGAGUGUGUACGUUUAGCAGCGGAUAGAGAAUACAGCAUAGCUUUAAAUGAGAUUAAACAACGUAAACUGAAAUAUACCCACAGACAUCCUGAGUCCAUUUUGCUUCGUACUGAGGCAGAGAUAAACGAAAACAUCGAAAGUUAUGACAAACAAAAUUUAAUAAGUAUUCAGUUUAAAUAUGACUUACUUAUCUCAGCAGCGGGAUCAAUUAUAAAUGAUUUCGAAAACAUGCUGUGUGGAAGUUUAGGUCCACAUAAAAAUGAAUUUCAGUUGUUAUAUAAAAAAAGACGAACGGUAGCUGAAGCUUCCAAACUUUUUGUCGACAUCAUGUUCGCCUUAUUACAAUAUAAUUUGCGAAGGAUCUUUAGCCGAAAAGUGUUUAUGGUUUUACAUCUUUAUUUGCGUACUUCAGCCUUUUACAAUAUUAUUACAGACUCUAAACAGGGAUUGAUAGGAAAGUGCAUUUAUCAUAUAGUUAAACAUGAAGACGAUGACAUGUUGGUUCAAUAUAUCAAAUCGCCAAAGGUGGCUGUGUCACAAUACCUAAAAAAAAAAAUAAUACCUGAAAUUUUUUCCAACCUUGAAUUCAAAACAGAAAUACUUGAAUUUGUGUUUCAAACCAUGGAAGAAAUAUCCAGAAAAGUUGCUGCAGUUAAAAGCGAUACGGAGAAAUUAGGCAACUUCCUUGAUAUUGUUUUGAAUGAAAUAGAUACUGAAACAAAUUAUGCCAGUUUAACUAAACAAAUCUUAAAAGAAUCGGCCGAGCUUCCAGUUAGUGUAGCCACAGUUAAAGAUACAAUUGAUAAGGAAAAAUCUAAAUAUGUAGAAUCAAACACGCUUGAUUUAUGUCAAUAUAUUUGUCAAGAACAGGCAGGAGUAAUACAAAAAUGCGCCGAUAGAAUUUGUGACAUGACUCUAGGAUGUACCAAAACGUGUCCGUUUUGCAAAGAGAUAUGCAAGUAUUCAUUGAACCAUCCUGAUAAACACGAGUGCUUUGUUCAUAGACCAGACGGUGUCGGAGGUGGGCACUGGGUAGAAACAAAUGCCUUAUGCUACGAAACAUGUACGGAACAUUAUGAAAACCAUACUUUGUUCAAAUUUAAAGGUGACUGGAUUGCUUUUAAAGAUUACGAGAAGGUAUUUAAUACAUGGGACAUUGUUUCUUCACAAGAAAAAGAACCGCAUUUAAUCUGGAAAUGGAUUCUAGUGAAUAAGUACAGACUUCUGAGUGCAGUUCCGGGCGUGAGAUUACCUGAUAACUUACCAGUUGCAUGGAAAAAUAUAAGUAAAGAUCAGGCGUUGUACUCUCUAGAAGAAAUAUUUGAAUUGUUUGUUUGA